GAGAGGAGGCGAAGCGGUUGCCAUAGAAACGGGACAUCAACACAACCUGCCGAAAGAAGAUCGCGGGAGGCGGUUAUAUUUCAGUCCGUGCUCCCGGCUCCUAAUUGCAGCCUGUCCCGGGUGCCACGAUGUAUAAGGUGGACCUUCAGGCCGACCUGAGAGAGGCGGCUGCUGUUGAAGCCCGACGGAACCGGGAGAAGCAGAGACAGAGCCGCAUCUUCAAUGCCCGUUACCGUACAAUAGGGGUGGACACAGAAGGCUUGAAGAGGCAAGUGGAAGAGCGCAAACUGAGAGAGAAUACAGAGAAGCGAAGAGAGGAAGCUUUUGAUGCAGACAGGGUGCAGUGUGACAAGGUUGCCCAGAUGUUAGAGGAAGAGGAGCAGCGGCGGAAGAAGCUGUUAUGCCAGCAUGUGGUGGAGUUCCGUGAGCGGGAGCAGCAGCCUUCUAUGCGGCGGGAAUGGGAUAUCCACGACCCUGAGGCGGUACGCAAAGGUCAGCCGGCCCGUGUGCGUGAUGACGACCCACGCUGUGGCCCUUCUAGCUUGCAGUGCUUUGCUGGUGAGGAUCUGAAUGCAGUUGCCCGCGAAAAACUGCAGAAGGAGCAGAACAAGCAGGCGCUGGAGGAGCAGAGAAAUGAACGGAAUAAGGAACUUGCUGAUCAACGAUAUGCGGAUAAUCUGGAAGGCAAGAAAAGAAUCGAGCUGGAUUUGCGAGCCUGGGAGCUGGCGCAAUUGGAGGAAGAAUGUCGCAGGGCUAAAGCCAUGGCAUUAGCAGACUUUAACCGAGCCCAGGCUGCAGAGGUUGCAGAGCAGCAACGUGUAUCCCAGCAGCGUGAGCAGGAUGAUAACUAUGCUGAGAUCCAUAACCACCUGACGGGCAACCUCCUGUCGGAAGACCCCAGCGUUGCGAAAAGCUCGUUGGGGUCAAACCGUGUGAUUACCGACCGCUGGAAGGGGAUGAGCCCUGAGCAGCUGCAGGCGGUGUGGCAAAUGCAGAAACAACAGUGCCAUGAAAACCAGAGACUUCGGCAACUUGAAAGGCAACGGGAUGCCGAGUGGGACAGACAGAGGGAACUGGCGGAUCGUGCAGCCAUGCAGAUGGAGGAGCAGGAACAGCAUUUCCGUGAGCAACUGAAGAAGAGCCUGGACGGUUACAACCACGAAUUGGCUGAGGCACAGAAAGCCAACUUGAGGUAUCUGGAGAAAGAAGUCUACACCAAUGCGCCCACAGCCCACUAUUAUUUACAGUUUAAUACCAGCAGCCGCUGAUGGGAGAUGCAGCUGGCAACAGCUUUGGUAUGCAAAAUAAAGUUGAUUUUCUGAUGGAAAAAGGACGUCUCCAGUGGCUGUAGAAGAGAGGUACCAGCCUGGACCUGAAAUGUAUCCCGGGCCUGUUUAAAUGUGACCAUGCAGAGCUUUGCAAUUAGGGGAUGGGUACUUUCAAGAUCAGAUGUUUGUUACAUGAAACAUUACACAAAACAUGUACGUAUAUAUACCAUAUUCAGAGAAUCAAAAUGUCAAAUAUCAAUUGUUUAAUGAUUUUAUAAUAGUUUGCUUGUUAUCUCCUUAACAAACAAGAGCCAUCGUACAAUCAAAGCUAACUAUAACCCCGUAGUGUUUGUUUCUUGAUCUCACGUGGGUUAAGUACUUCGUUUACAUUUAUCUGCAUUUGCAACAAGCCAAAAUGACAGAUGCGUGGCGACAAUAUUAUCCUGUAAAUGCUGCAAUUGUACACUUGCAUAUGAACUUGCAGGAUACAAGGUGUAAAGUUUGAAUUAUGAUGCAUAUUUUAUCCACAUUUGUGCUUAUAGUAUAGGCAGUUCUUGUUUAGCAACCACAGUUGGAAUUGGCAACUCUGUCCUUAAGCAAAGCAGCCCCUAAAUUGGGAGACACAUGUGGGAAAUGGUGUCUUCUCUUUUCCGUUCUGACCCCUUUGCCUGGAUAGCCAACUUGAAACUGACAGGACCAAUCAGUUUCACACUUAAUUUGCCUUCUAACCAUUCCCCCAUCCUUUGGAAUGCUCAUCCCAGUGCUGGGAUAAUUAGCAAAAAGGGAAUUAGUCAUAAGACCAAAAAGCUAUGUAUUCAUAUAGUUCAAUAAACCAGAUGUAAGUAAUAUUUGUUACCAUAUAUCUUUUAUAUGGCAUUUGAGGGGGGCACUUCAGAAACCCUGAAAAAUUGGGGCAAAGCUCUGUGCACUUUGAAAAGGAUUUUAAAAAUAUACAUUUAAACUGGCCCUUAUUUUUCUCUUCAUUAAAGCAACCUGACUGUUUUCAGGCUUCAGCACAAGCACGAAAAAGCAAAUUUUCAGGCUGAUUUAAUGAGGAUGUAUUGGGCUUGCACCGAGUCCAAAGUGCAUUUUUCAAAUCACUUUCACAAUACGUACAUCUCUGAAAGUUGCAUUUAUUAAAUACUGCUUUUAAUCUCAUAUUUUUAGUGUAAAAAUAGCAAUUUAUAUUAACUCUCAUCUCAUUCCCUGCUUUUAAAUAUAUUAGGAACUAUGCCCAGAAAAAAGUCACACACCCCAAGAAGUGGGUCUGGGUUGCCAAAAUACAGAAAUUCAAUAAGAGAAGAUAGAUAUCAUGACCCCAAGAGAUUCAUGCGUUAAAGUUAUAUGGUGAUUUUUGCAAUCAACAACUGCAAACUAUGGUUUACAACAUAGCCAUUUGUCGAUAACUGGACAUUUAUGGUUUGAUAAACCACGAAUUAAUACCGUAUAUACUCGAGUAUAGGUCGAUCCGAAUAUAAGCCGAGGCACCUAAUUUUACCACAAAAA